AUGGCGGAAGCUCUCGCCUCAACUUUGGCCGAGCUGAGCCUCAGUACCCAGCAUCUCAGCGGGGCCGAAUUCGAUGCUCGGAUAACUGACGAAGAAAACGGCGUGUACCACGGCUACAAGCCUCGAAAGAGAGCACGUCAAAACGCCACGGAUCUUAAGGAAGAAUUAGAAGCUGAAUUCUUGACUCCAUCCGCCCAAUUCAGCCCUGAGUGGCUUAACCGACUCCAAAGGCGAUGGGAUGUCUCGGCAGACUAUACAGAUCUCUUCGAGGUCGCCGGCACCCAAACGCGGACGAUUGUCCGGUUCGAUCGCGAAGGUCUGGAAGGAAGAGUCACGGGCUAUCACGAAGUUACAGUUCCCGCCAGCAGCGCCAAUGCUAAGAAUUCAACCUCCCUGCUCCGGCGGCCGGCCGGCCGCGCGGAUUUCGUCCGAGGGGCCGCGGGCUUUUUCCCGUUCGCGCCUGGCGGUCUGGACGGUGUGGAGGCGAUCGCGGAAAUGGAAUCCGAGGCGCAGACGGCCGAGCAACAGCGACCAGGCGGAAAGCAGGCCGGUCUCGAUCGGAUCAUCAAUUUUGGGGCCGAGGGUGGUCUUCUAGAGGUUGCUCCUGGGUUCACGCGUGGAUUACGCUUCGAAGAGGCGAAGUCGAAGGAAGCUGCUGAAGGUGACCAGGAGGUCGAGCAUGCGCUCCAGCAGGAGGAGAGUCAGCUCUCUGUUGAGCGUGACGAGGCGACGUCUGACAUUGAGGGUGGCGUGAAGAUCGAGGAUGAGGACGAGUUAAGUGGCGACGAGGAAGAUAUCGACGCUUUGUUACCGGUUGAGUUCCCUGCUCUCGAGCCCCGUGCGCCGCUGUUGUCCGGCAUCCAGAAGAAAGGCGGCCGUGAAUGGGCGCAUGUUGUGGAUGUCAAUAAAGAUAUCCCCAAUUUCGGAGAGCUCGUCCCGGAUAUGGCGAGAGAGUGGCCGUUCGAACUGGAUACUUUCCAAAAGGAGGCCGUGUACCACCUGGAGAGUGGUGAUUCCGUGUUUGUGGCCGCGCAUACGUCGGCGGGCAAAACAGUUGUCGCUGAGUAUGCGAUUGCUCUGGCUGCCAAGCAUAUGACCAAGGCUAUCUAUACGUCCCCGAUCAAAGCGCUGAGUAACCAAAAAUUCCGCGAUUUCAGGAACACCUUCGACGAUGUCGGCAUUCUCACCGGUGAUGUCCAGAUCAAUCCCGAGGCGAGUUGUUUGAUUAUGACGACUGAGAUCCUGCGGAGUAUGCUUUAUCGUGGGGCCGAUUUGAUCAGAGACGUGGAGUUUGUGAUCUUCGAUGAGGUCCAUUAUGUCAAUGAUCUUGAGAGAGGUGUCGUCUGGGAAGAAGUCAUUAUCAUGCUCCCCGAGCAUGUUACCCUGAUUCUUUUGUCUGCUACAGUACCUAACACAUAUGAGUUUGCGUCCUGGGUCGGACGCACUAAGAAAAAGGAUAUCUACGUUAUUUCAACCGCGAAACGUCCAGUCCCCCUCGAGCACUACCUCUGGGCUGGAAAGGACAAGUUCAAGAUCGUGGACUCGAACAAGAGGUUUCUCGAAAACGGCUGGAAGGAAGCUGACAAUGUCAUUUCGGGCAGAGACAAAAUCAAAGCCCAGAAAGCCGCGGAGGCGCAGGCCCAGUCCCAAGCACAGCGCGGAGGACCCCAAGGAAGAGGACGUGGGCAGGCUGCCGGACGAGGACAAGCUCCUGGGCGAGGAGGAGCUCGGGGGAACUCGCAACGAGGUGGUGCUCCCCGAGGCAGAGGACAGCCGUCAAACAGGGGCACUGGAAACAUUGCGCGCACUGGCCGUGGAGGUGGUCGAACCACCGCUGCACAGGAUAAGACAAUAUGGGUGCAGUUGGUUCAGCAUCUUCGCAAGGAGAACCUACUUCCCGGUUGCAUCUUCGUUUUCUCGAAGAAGCGAUGUGAAGAAAAUGCCGACUCGCUUUCCAACCAGGACUUCUGCAACGCAUCCGAGAAGAGUCUUAUUCACAUGUUUAUUGAGAAAUCCCUGACCCGACUGAAGCCUGAAGACCGGGAUCUCCCACAGAUUCGACGGCUUCGCGACUUACUGAGUCGAGGUAUUGCUGUCCACCACGGUGGGCUGCUGCCGAUUAUGAAAGAGAUCGUGGAGAUUUUGUUCGCUAAGUCCUUGGUCAAGGUGCUGUUCGCCACUGAAACAUUUGCGAUGGGCCUGAAUCUGCCGACAAGAACCGUCGUCUUCUCUGGGUUCCGUAAGCAUGACGGAAAGGGCUUCCGAGAUCUGCUUCCGGGUGAAUAUACACAGAUGGCAGGACGCGCUGGUCGAAGAGGUCUGGAUACCGUUGGAUACGUGAUUAUUGUCAGUGUAGGCAAAGAUGAGGCGCCUCCGGCCGCGGCCCUGCGACGGAUGAUUUUGGGUGAUCCGACGAAGCUCCGAUCUCAGUUCCGACUGACAUACAAUAUGAUUCUCAAUCUGUUGCGUGUGGAAGCUCUGAAAAUCGAAGAGAUGAUCAAGCGAAGCUUCAGCGAGAACGCCACCCAAGCCCUGCUUCCAGAGCACGAGAAACAGGUCCAGCUUUCAGAAGCUAGUUUGGAAAAGAUUAAACGAGAAGCUUGCGACAUAUGUGAUGUUGACCUCACGGCUUGCCAUGACGCGGCCAUCGAGUACGAGAAGCUGACAAGCGAACUUCAUGUUGGCUUGGUUUCAUCUCCGAUUGGAAAACGCCUUUUCUCGCCGAAGCGGUUGAUUGUGUAUCGCAAGGAUGGAUACCGCACUGCGGGUAUCAUCGUCCGAGAAGGCGUAGGAGGGGGCCCGACGCCCAACAUACAGGUUCUUGAGAUCGGCAAGCUGGGAAGCAGACGCCACCCGAGUGAUAUUCUUCCCUUCCUCCCCGAAUUUCGGAAGCUGAUGCAGCCUCUUCCCACCCGUGCGGCUGAUAUGACGCUGAAAGUGUGCAAGAUCCCUCUCUCUGACCUCGAGUGUAUCACCAAUACAUUGGUCAAACUCAGCGGCCCAACGUGGUAUCUUAACAUCAAAAAAGAGGCCAUCAAGUUCGCAGACAAGGAACUGUCUAAGCUUUGCGGUUCGUGGGCAACCCCUGUGUGGGACGAGAUGGACUGGUCCCGGAUCAAGGAGCUACAAGUGCGGGACAUCCUCGAGAAGCGACGUGCCCAGGCCAAGAUUGCGCAGUCCUGUCGGUCUGUGCAAUGCCCGGACUUUUUGAAGCAUUUUGAAAUGCAACAUGACGAAUGGCAGGUCAAGGAAAACAUUUCGCAGCUGAAGCAGCUCAUGUCGGAUCAAAAUCUGCAGCUCCUGCCGGACUACGAGCAACGGAUUCAAGUGUUGCGGGAAUUAGGGUUCAUCGAUGAGCAGUCUCGCGUGCAGCUGAAAGGCAAGGUCGCGUGCGAGAUCCACUCCGCUGACGAGCUGGUCUUGACGGAGCUGAUCCUGGAGAACGUGCUGGCCGAAUACGAGCCGGAGGAGAUUGUCGCGCUGUUGUCGGCAUUUGUUUUCCAGGAGAAGACAGAAAACGUGCCUACGUUAACGCCGCGUCUGGAGAAGGGCAAGGAGGCGAUUGUUCGCAUCUCGGACAAGGUGAAUGAUUUCCAGGUGCAGUAUCAGGUGAUCCAGUCCAGCGAGGACUCGAACGACUUUGCCAGUCAGCCGCGGUUCGGCCUGGCGGAAGUGGUCUACGAAUGGGCCAAGGGCAUGUCGUUCAAUCGCAUCACGGAUCUGACGGACGUGAUGGAGGGAACGAUUGUGCGGACGAUCACGCGUCUGGACGAAACCUGUCGAGAAGUGAAGAAUGCGGCGAAAUUGGUGGGAGAUCCGACGUUGUAUACGAAGAUGCAACAGGCGCAGGAGCUGAUCAAGCGCGAUGUGAUUUUUGCGGCGUCGUUGUAUAUGUAG